AUGGCCUCUUCUUUUCAGUGUUUUUGGGGCCUAUUCUUCUCACUUUCCAUCUAUUUUAUUCAAGCCACACCUACAUCUAAUGUUUACAUAGUCUAUUUAGGGCUCAACCAGUCCCAUGAUCCUCUUCUCACUUCAAAACACCAUCACCAACUCCUAUCUAAUGUGUUUGAAUGUGAAGAAGCGGCAAAGCAAUCCAUUCUCUAUCACUACAAGCAUAGCUUCUCAGGGUUUGCAGCAAAGCUCAAUGAAAAUCAAGCAAACAUAUUAGCCAAGAUGGAAGGCGUGGUAUCAGUGUUUAGGAGCAGGACGAUGAAAUUGCACACAACCAGAAGCUGGGAUUUCAUGGGUCUCACUUUGGACGAGAGCAGUGAAGUGACUCCAUUGCAGCUAGCCUAUGGUGAUGACAUAGUUGUCGGAGUCCUUGAUUCAGGUGUUUGGCCAGAAUCUAAGAGUUUCCAGGAAGAGUCUUGCUUGGGGCCUAUUCCUUCAUGUUGGAAAGGAAAAUGUGUUAAAGGUGAAAUGUUUGACCCCAAAAGGGACUGCAAUCGAAAGUUAAUUGGUGCCCAAUACUACCACAAGGGGUUUGAAGAAGAAUUUGGGCCAGUGAACCCUAGAACCUUCGACUAUAAGUCGCCUCGAGAUUUUGUUGGUCAUGGUACACAUACAGCCUCAACAGCAGUUGGGUCCGUAGUUAAAAAUGUAAGCUCCUUUGGCUUUGGGCAAGGCACUGCUAGGGGUGGAGCGCCUAGGACUCGGCUAGCAGUGUACAAAGUAUGUUGGAACGAAGGCCUAGAAGGAAUAUGCUCCGAAGCAGAUAUAAUGGCAGGUUUUGAUAGCGCUUUGCAUGAUGGAGUUCAUGUGAUCUCAGCCUCAUUUGGUGGAGGACCACCACUGAGGCCAUUCUUUAAAUCCCAGGCGGGUAUCGGUUCCUUUCAUGCAAUGCAGUUGGGUGUUAGUGUGGUAUUCUCAGCAGGUAACGAUGGGCCUGCACCGUCUAGUGUUGGAAAUGUUGCCCCAUGGAGCAUCUGUGUAGCUGCUUCAACUAUUGAUCGAUCAUUUCCGACCAAGAUACUACUGGAUAAGACCAUUUCUGUCAUGGGAGAAGGCUUUGUUACCAAAAAAGUUAAGGGGAAGUUGGCUCCUGCAAGGACCUUUUUUAGGGACGGGAACUGUUCUCCGGAGAAUUCGCGAAAUAAAACAGCAGAAGGGAUGGUAAUCCUAUGCUUCUCCAACACUCCAAGCGACAUUGGUUAUGCAGAAGUUGCAGUGGUGAACAUUGGUGCCUCCGGGUUGAUCUAUGCUUUGCCUGUGACUGAUCAGAUUGCCGAAACUGAUAUAAUCCCCACUGUCCGCAUCAACCAAAAUCAAGGAACUAAACUCCGUCAAUACAUUGAUAGUGCUCCAAAACCUGUGGUGAUAUCACCUAGUAAGACGACUAUCGGAAAGUCACCGGCACCCACAAUUGCACACUUCUCUUCUAGAGGGCCUAACACAGUUUCAUCUGAUAUUCUCAAGCCAGACAUAAGUGCUCCAGGAGCUAGUAUAAUGGCAGCAUGGCCUCCUGUUACUCCUCCAGCUCCAUCAUCAAGUGACAAGCGGUCUGUGAACUGGAAUUUUCUGUCCGGGACAUCAAUGGCGUGCCCUCAUGUAACGGGAGUUGUUGCCCUUAUCAAAUCAGCCCACCCAGACUGGUCUCCUGCAGCCAUUAAAUCUGCUAUCAUGACUACCGCUUACAACAGGGAUAGCACUCAAGACAGUAUUCUAGCCGGUGGAUCAAGGAAAGUUGCAGAUCCCUUUGACAUUGGUGCUGGCCACUUAAAUCCCUUGAAGGCAAUGGAUCCGGGGUUAGUUUAUGACAUGCAGGCAAGUGACUACAUUGCCUACCUUUGCGAUAUUGGAUACACCAGAGAACAAAUAAAGGCCAUUGUUCUUCCUGGAACCCAUGUUAGCUGUUCAAAAGAAGACCAAUCCAUCUCAAACCUAAACUAUCCUUCAAUCACAGUUUCCAACCUCCAAUCCACAGUGACGAUCAAGAGGACUGUUCGUAAUGUGGGACCCAAAAAAACAGCAGUUUACUUUGUUAGUAUUGUGAAUCCUUGUGGGGUUAAGGUAUCAAUCUGGCCAAGGAUUCUAUUUUUCUCAUGCUUUAAGGAAGAACACACCUACUAUGUGACUCUGAAACCACAGAAGAAGUCUCAAGGGAGGUAUGACUUUGGGGAGAUAGUGUGGACAGAUGGGUUCCAUUAUGUGAGGAGUCCAUUGGUGGUGUCUGUGAACAAUGCUGGGGACUCUGAUGAUUCUCUAUCUUACAGCAUUUGAGACCAUUCAUCCAAGCAUUUGGUUUUUGUUAUUAUGCAAGUGUGGAAGUUUGCAGUUUGGCUGUCAAUUAUGAAGGCCAAAUUUUAAUAAAAUAAGUUUGUAGUACUGGUGGAGGAUAUUAUAUAUAUAUAUCUUCCAUAAUUAUGAUUUGGAAAAACUAUUCAGUUAUGGGAAUGAUACUGUGUGUAAUACUGAUGACAGUUAUUUUUGUUUUAA